UAUGGGGAUUUUGCUCCUUUUGUGUUUCUCUCUCAUAAUUUCUUUCUCAUCUGGAGCUGAUACCAUAUAUGCAAACCAGUUUUUAUCUGGAAACCAAACAAUCAUAUCCAAAGACGGAAACUUUGAGCUGGGCUUCUUCAAAGCAGGUAAUUCUUCAAACUACUACAUAGGCAUCUGGUAUAAAAAGGUACCUUUCAAUCCUCCAACUGUAGUCUGGGUAGCAAAUAGAGAAACACCCAUCUCUGAUAGAUUCUCUUCUAAGUUUAAAUUAAAAGAUGGUAACUUGGUCCUUUUAAACGAGUCAAACACUCCGAUUUGGUCAACAAACAUGAUUUCUACUGCAACGCCUGCAUCAGUAGUUCUUCAUGAUGAUGGUAAUUUAGUUUUACUAUACGGGUCAAGUUCAAGCACACCAAUUUGGCAAAGUUUUGAUCAUCCAACUCAUACUUUUUUGCCUGGUAGUAAGUUAGGAUACAAUAAGCGUACAAAUACAUCACAUGUUAUAACGUCAUGGAAAAAUAAGGAAGAUCCCGCUGCGGGACUCUUUUCUUUAGAGAUUGUCCAAAACACAAAGCGAUAUGCACUCAAGUGGAAUAGGUCUGUAGAGUAUUGGACCAGUGGACCUUGGAAUGGUCGGUUUUUUAGCUCAUUACCUGAUAUGGCGGUGCCUUAUAUAUACAAUUUCAGUUACAUAGACAAUGCAAACGAGAGUUAUUUUACAUAUUGGUCAACCAAUCAUUCUGUUAUAUCUGGAAUGUUUCUAGACGUCUCAGGGCAGAUGCAACAGCAGACAUGGAAGGAGAGUUCUGAGCAGUGGUAUUUGUUUUUUUCUACACCGAAACUAAUCUGCGAUGUUUAUGCUAGGUGUGGGGCGUUUAGCAUUUGCAAUCAACAGACCUCGCCAUUCUGUAACUGCUUGACUGGUUUUGAACCUACAUCGCAGAGUGAUUGGAACCUGAGUGAAUUUUCUGGAGGAUGUGUCAGAAAAACGAAGUUGAACUGUAGAGUUAAGGAAGAAAAACCUGAGUUCAUUGUAAGUUUUGUCCCAGUAAAAUAUCUUCCAGCAUCUCAUGAAAAUGAGAUUCCUUCAUUGGAUGAAUCGGCAUGCAGAAGGUCUUGCUUGGAUGACUGCAGUUGUGAUGGAUAUAGUUUCUUCCUUGAAAGGUGUCGCCUAUGGAAUAAUGAAAACUUAAAUAACAUAUCAUUUGUGUUUGUUUCUGACGACUCAACUGUAAGAAAAUUUGAAUUGAACAUCAAAGUUGCUUCUAAAGACAUUCAACAUCCUAUCAAUGAUAUUCAUAAGAAGAAUGACAAGGAGUGGUUUUUCUCUUCGGUCUUAUUUUUCUUAUAA